UUCUGAACUAGACACAUCUCUGGUACUAGUAUCACCCGCUUCAGUCCAGCAUUGCCAUGGCCCAGGUCCGGUCUGGUCUGAUUUGAGUAAAUAUAUUAUAUGACGGUGAUUCGAUUGGCAUCAUGGGUCAUGACUUCAGCCGUUACGUGCCACGGCAACGCGUUGGACCAUGCCCUAGUCAUGAUCGGGCCCAGGAAGACUAACCCAUUGCCGAUUCUUUCAACGGUGAUGAGCCCAGUGGUCAGACCGACUUGGAUGCUCUCCCACACUGAGUCCCUGUACUACGGUUGCGACUUGGUUACGACUGGUAUCACCUCGGAUAUGGCGUCUAGUAUCUACCUCUUUUUAGCGUCGUGAUUGCUACCCUUCCGGUUCUUUUGCAUCCCUAAACGACGCUACGUUGCUAGCCUGGAAAUGUAUGUGGGAUUCUCGCGAUGAGACUC